AUGCCCUGCAAUCUGUCCUCUUUGACCAGGCGGGCAGGUCCUGGGGCUGAGGCCUGGCUGCAGAGGCGCCCCGGCCCCGGCUGGCCAGGAGCCCACGCUCACACUGGCUGUGCCCACAUCUUGCAGCCUGCCGCACGGGGGGUCGGUGGCACCAUGGCCCAGGCCCUGGGCGAGGACCUGGUGCAGCCCAGUGAGCUGCAGGAUGACUCCAGCUCCUUGGGGUCCGACUCAGAGCUGAGUGGGCCUGGCCCGUAUCGCCAGGCUGACCGCUACGGCUUCAUUGGGGGCAGCGCAGCAGAGCCGGGGCCGGGUCACCCUCCUGCAGACCUCAUCCGCCAGCGGGAGAUGAAGUGGGUGGAGAUGACUUCACACUGGGAGAAAACCAUGUCUCGGCGGUACAAGAAGGUAAAGAUGCAGUGCCGGAAAGGCAUCCCCUCAGCCCUGCGGGCCCGGUGUUGGCCCCUUCUGUGCGGGGCUCACGUGUGUCAGAAGAACAGCCCCGGCACUUACCAGAACCUGGCUGAGGCCCCGGGAGACCCACAGUGGAUGGAAACCAUCGGCAGGGACCUGCACCGCCAGUUCCCUCUGCAUGAGAUGUUUGUGUCGCCCCAGGGUCACGGGCAGCAGGGCCUCCUGCAGGUCCUGAAGGCCUACACCCUGUACCGGCCGGAGCAGGGCUACUGCCAGGCCCAGGGCCCUGUGGCCGCCGUGCUGCUCAUGCACCUGCCCCCGGAGGAGGCCUUCUGGUGCCUGGUCCAGAUCUGCGAGGUUUACCUUCCCGGCUACUACGGGCCCCACAUGGAGGCUGUGCGGCUGGACGCUGAGGUGUUCACGGCCCUGCUGCGACGGCUGCUCCCGCGCGUGCACAAGCAUCUGCAGAAGGUGGGCGUCGGGCCCCUGCUCUACCUGCCGGAGUGGUUCCUGUGCCUCUUUGCCCGCUCCCUGCCCUUCCCCACGGUGCUGCGUGUCUGGGACGCUUUUCUUAGCGAGGGUGUGAAGGUGCUGUUCCGCGUGGGGCUGACCCUGGUGCGCCUGGCGCUGGGCACCACUGAACAGCGCCUGGCCUGCCCGGGGCUCCUGGAGACGCUCGGCGCCCUUCGAUCCAUCCCCCCUGCCCAGUUGCAAGAAGAGGUCUUCAUGCCCCAGGUGCAUGGCGUGGCCCUGUCCGAACAGGACCUGCAGCGGGAGAUCAAGGCCCAGCUGGCCCAGCUGCCCGCAUCAGCAUCCGAGCCACCCCCGAGGCCGCAGGCCCGCCUGCCGGGGGCCCCAGCCAUCUUUGAGGCCCAGCAGCUGGCAGGAACCCGGGGGAGCCCCCGGCCCGAGGUGCCUCGCAUCGUGGUACAGCCCCCAGAGGAGCCCCGGCCGCCCCGGCGCAAGCCCCAGACCCGAGGCAAGACUUUCCACGGGCUGCUGACCCGGUCCAGGGGCCCCCCUAUCGAGAGCCCCGCCAGGUCCCAUAGAAGCUCCACCUCCUUCCUGGACACCCGAUUCUGAGGGUAGGUCCCACUUCUGAGGGUACCACGGACUCAGGGU